AUGUGGAAAAUUUUAUUGGCGUCUUGCCUAAUCGCUACAGUUGCUGGACAAAGUGAUAUUAGUCAAUACGGUCCUAGCAAUUUACCCCAUCUACAGGAUUGUAAUGUACCGUGUACUUUGAAAGCUUCUGAACCAGUAUGUGCUUUUGAUGGCAAAACAUAUAAUGUUUAUAAUGAUGAUUGUGAAUUAUUAAGAUCUAAUUGUACAUUUGGUUAUAAAUUAAUUGGAGUUCCAAUGCAACAAUGUUUAAUGCCAAGAACAUUUAUGCUUGAUCAUUGUAAUUUUGCAUGUCCAAAUAUUGAACGUUCAAUUUGUGCUAAAAGUAAAAACAAUAAUCCUCAAUUGUUUAAAAAUGGUUGCGUUUUAGCAAGGCAAGCAUGUAAAGAUAAGGCUAAAUAUUCAAAAGUUGAUAUGGAAAAAUGUAAGAGAGGUAGAAAUGCUGAAGAUUGUAACAGAGAAUGUCCUUUAAAUUAUGAUCCGAAAUGUGCUUUUAAUGGUGAAGAAUAUGCUGUAUUUGGAAAUGAAUGCGAUUUAGAAGUAGCUAAUUGCUUGCAGUCAAGUGCUUGGGCUCCAUUACGUAUGCAAACAUGCAAUCAAAAAUUAGGAUAUAAAUUAGAUUUACCAGUAAAAGAGAUAGAUGGAGAUAAUGGUAACUAUGAUGAUGCAGAAGAAGAAGAAUGUCCAACUGCGUGCAAGAGAAUAUUUUGGCCAGUUUGUGCUUUUGAUGGCGAAAAAUAUAAAAUAUUUUCAAAUGAAUGCUUAUAUAAAAAAGAUCGCUGUGAAAAGAAUUCAUAUUGGACUAAAACCAAAAUGUCUGAUUGUAUAUCAUUAAAUAUGAAUUAA